GGCUCUCUAAGGUGGUUGCUCCGGGAAAUCAGGGCCCUGGCGUCUCCACUUCUCCCACAAUCAGCGGGAUAGUAGGAGAUAGAGUCGCCGACAACUGGAGCCGAAGCUGGGUCAAGUUUGCUGUGAGACCCGAAGGCGAUGGAGGCGGGAGAAGGAAAAGAACGUUUUCGGAAACAAAGGCAAGUCUUGAUAUUCUUUAUUUUGCUGGGCAUAGCUCAGGUUGCUUCCAAGCCUAAGCAGUACUCAGUGGCAGAGGAAAUGGAGAGUGGCUCCUUUGUGGCCAAUUUGUUAAAAGACCUGGGGCUGGAGGUAAAUGACUUAGCUGCGCGGGGGGCUCGGGUCGUUUCCAAAGGGAAAAAAAUGCGUUUGCAGUUUGAUAGGCAGACAGGGGAUUUGUUGUUAAAUGAGAAACUGGACCGGGAGGAGCUGUGCGGCCUUGCCGAGCCCUGUGUGCUACCUUUCCAGGUACUAUUGGAAAAUCCCUUGCAGUUUUUUCAGGCCGAGCUACGGAUUAGAGAUAUAAAUGAUCAUUCCCCAGUUUUCCUAGACAAAGAAAUAAUUUUGAAAAUUUCAGAAAGUAUCACUCCCGGAACUACUUUCCUAAUAGAACGUGCCCAGGACUUAGAUGUGGGAAGCAACAGUCUCCAAAGUUACACAGUCAGCCCCAAUUCCCACUUCCAUCUUAAAUUACAAGACAGUUCCGACGGCAUAUUACCACAGCUGGUGCUGGACAAAGCACUGGAUCGAGAGGAACAGGCUGAGAUCAGGUUAACUCUCACUGCGCUGGAUGGCGGGACUCCACCCAGGUCUGGCACUGCCCUGGUCCGCGUUGAAGUCUUAGACAUCAAUGAUAAUGCGCCCGAGUUUGCAAAGCUGCUCUAUGAAGUACAAGUUUUGGAAAACAGCCCCAUUGGGUUCCAGGUUGCCGUAGUCUCUGCUAGAGAUUUGGAUGUUGGAGCCUAUGGAGAAAUAUCUUAUGUAUUUUCCCAAGCCUCUGAAGAUAUUCGCAAAACUUUUCAAAUAAAUGCAAAGUCAGGAGAACUCCUUUUAACACAGAAACUGGAUUUCGAAUCUAUUCAGACUUAUACAUUAAAUAUUCAGGCGACAGACGGUGGAGGCCUAUCUGGAAGUUGUGUGGUGUUUGUUCAAGUGAUAGAUUUGAAUGACAACCCACCAGAACUGACUAUGUCAACACUUAUCGAUCACAUCCCAGAAAACUUGCAGGAGACCAUAAUUGCUGUAUUCAGUGUUUCAGAUCCUGACUCAGGAGACAAUGGAAGAAUGGUUUGCUCGAUUGAAGAUAAUCUUCCUUUCUUCCUUAAACCGUCUGUUGAGAAUUUUUACACCCUAAUGACAAACACACCUCUGGACCGAGAGAGCAAAUCCGAGUACAACAUCACCAUCACCGUCACUGACUUGGGGACCCCCAGGCUGAAAACGCAACACAACAUAACCGUGACGGUCUCCGACGUCAACGACAACGCCCCCGCCUUCAGCCAAACCACCUACACCCUGCGGGUCCGUUGGAAGGUAAAAGACUGCGGGAAGAACACGGCCAAAAGCACAAUGGAGGCCAGAAGGGAGCGCUUUCUUAAACAAAGGCAAGUCCUAUUUCUCUUUGUUUUUCUGGGUGGGUCUCUGGCUGGAUCUGAGUCGAGACGCUACUCUGUGGAUGAGGAAACAGAGAGGGGCUUUUUAAUAGCCAAUAUAGUAAAUGAUCUAGGGCUAGGGGAAGGGGAACUGGCUGUGAGGGGAGCCCAAGUUGUGUCUAAAGGAAACAAACAGCGUUUUCAGCUUAACCACCAGACUGGCGAUUUGCUCCUGCAUGAGAAAUUGGACCGGGAAGAGCUAUGUGGCCCCACAGAUCCAUGUAUACUGCAUUUUCAGAUAUUACUGCAAAAACCUUUGCAGUUUAUUACAAUUGAGCUUGAGGUCAUAGAUGUAAAUGACCAUUCUCCGGUAUUCUUUGAAAAUGAAGUGCAGCUGAAACUCUUGGAAAACACGCCACCAGGAACCACGAUUCCUUUGGGAAAUGCUGAGGACUUGGAUGACUUUGACAUAGGUAGCAACACUGUACAGAACUACACAAUCAGCCCCAAUUCCCAUUUUCAUGUUGUCACUCAUAAUCGCGGAGAUGGCAGAAAAUACCCAGAGCUCAUGCUGGACAAAGCGCUGGACCGGGAGGAGCAGGCUGAACUCACUUUAACCCUUACGGCGCUGGAUGGAGGGGAUCCGCCCAGGUCCGGGACCACUGUAGUCCGCAUUGAAGUUGUGGACAUCAAUGAUAAUGCUCCUGAAUUUUUACAGUCGCUCUAUGAGGUACAGGUCCCUGAGAACAGUCCCCCAAACUCCUUAGUUGUAGCUGUCUCUGCCCAAGAUUUAGAUGCGGGAACAAAUGGGAACGUCCGCUAUACUCUAUUCCAAGGUAAUCAAGUUACUCAGCCAUUUGUAAUAGACGAAAUAACAGGAGAAAUUCGUCUGAGUAAGGCUUUGGAUUUUGAGACAAUUCGAUACUAUAACGUGGAAAUUGCAGGCACAGAUGGUGGGGGCCUUUCAGGAAAAUGCACUGUAGCUAUAGAAGUUGUGGAUGUGAAUGACAACGCCCCUGAACUGACCAUGUCAACGCUCACAAGCUCCACCCCAGAAAACUCCCCAGAGACUGUAGUUGCUGUUUUCAGUGUAUCUGAUCCAGAUUCCGGGGACAACGGUAGGAUGGUUUGUUCCAUCCAGAACGACCUUCCCUUUCUCUUGAAAGCCACGUUCAAGAACUUUUACACCCUGGUUACAGAAAGACCAUUGGACAGAGAAAGCCAAUCUCAGUACAACAUCACCAUCACCGUCACUGACUUGGGGACUCCCAGGCUGAAAACGCAACACAACAUAACCGUGACGGUCUCCGACGUCAACGACAACGCCCCCGCCUUCAGCCAAACCACCUACACCCUGCGGGUCCGCGAGAACAACAGCCCCGCGCUGCACAUCGGCAGCGUCAGCGCCACAGACAGCGACGCGGGCGCCAACGCCCAGGUCACCUACUCGCUGCUGCCGCCCCAGGACCUGGUCAUCGCCUUGGCGUCCGUGUCGUCGCUCUUCCUGUUCUCGGUGCUGGUGUUCGUGGCGGUGCGGCUGUGCAGGCGGAGCCGGGCGGCGUCGGCGGGCCGCUGCCCGGUGCCCGAGAGCCACUUUCCGGGCCACCUGGUGGACGUCAGCGGCACGGGGACGCUGUCCCAGAGCUACCAGUACGAGGUGUGUCUGCGGGGAGGAUCUGGGACCAGUGAGUUCAAAUUCUUGAAGCCUAUUAUCCCCAAAUUUCCGCCCCAGGGCACUGGUGAAGAAAUAGAGGAAAACGCCACUUUCCGGAAUAGCUUUGGAUUCAGUUAGGGAUCUGAUCACAAUGCCGUGAGUUUUGUCAUUUAUCUCUAAUUUCCCCAAACACCGAGUUUGAGAGCAUCAUGGAGAAAAAUCCUACCUUCAGGUAUGAUUUCCCUGAAUUUAUCCUUUUCAACUUUAUCUUGCCCAAUUUUGGAAAAACAUUUCUGUCUCACUGCAUCUAUGUACACACAAUGACAUUUCAAAUCUAUGCAUGUUAUUGUUUCCCUGAAAUGUUUGCUUUGGAUGGCAUUUGUCAGGAUAAGCUGUCUUAAUGAAAUGAAAUACGGUUUUUCUUUUUAUUCUAUCCAUUCUGUUUCAUCACACUCUAAGUACUUUUGAUGCUAAAUAGCAAAAAUAAAAAAUUUUUAAUUUAGUUUUUGAAGGAA